UCUCGUCAGCAGAGCAGCUAUGGCUGAUGUCCACGUCCGAAUCUGUGAGCAGGAGAUUAUAAAGUAUGAUUUGGAGAUUAAAGCUCUUAUACAGGACAUCAGUGAAUGUACAGGGCCUCAGAGUACACUCACAGAGUUAAAUGGUCAAGUAAAGGAAAAAUUCGUCUUUCUCCGUCAGCGGAUCCAGGAUCUAGAGCAAAUGGGAAAGGAGCAGGAUAAGGAAUCGGACAAGCUGGCUUUUCUGAGAGAUGUGGAAUGUCAUCGGAAACAGAUGCUCAGUAACCAGACUGCCUGGAGGAAAGCUAACCUCGCAAGUAACCUGGCCAUUGAUAGGCGGGAGAAAGAAGAUUUGCUGAGUGUGGGGGACACUGCCGCAAGGCAAAGAAAGCUGACCAAAGAGAGCCUAGUUCAGACGUCUAGUGACAUCACCGAGAGCCUGAUGAACAUCAGCAGGAUGAUGUCGCAGCAGGUGAAUCAGAGUGAGGAGACCAUAAGCACCCUGGCCACAUCUUCAAGAACAGCGCAGGAAACAAAUGAAGAAUUUAAGGCCAUGACAGGAACUAUCCAGCUGGGACGAAAACUGAUCACAAAAUAUAACCGCCGGGAACUGACAGACAAACUGCUGAUUUUUCUGGCCUUGGCACUCUUUCUAGCCACCGUCCUGUACAUUCUAAAGAAAAGACUUUUCCCUUUUCUCUGACCUCGGAUAAAAAACAAAGAUCGGAAUGAUUUGAUGAAAUCUGACAAGGAUGCCAGAUCAGAUUGAAGAUCAUCUUUCUUUUUCAUAAUUGAUAAAUAUGUUGGACUAAACUAAAGUUAACUGGUAGGACAGAACUAUCAGUGUAAUAUAGAGAAUGAAAACAUGCUUGAAACUUUUAUAAAGUGUAAAAGUAUUGAAAAGAAUUGGUAAUUCGUCAUCCCGUCUUUUUAUAUAAUUUCAUUUGUAUAAUAGAUGUGAAACACAGUUAUCAGUUAUUAUUUAUUUAAAUAAUAAAUAAAUGUAU